AUGCUCAUCCCCGGUGGUAAGCGGCAGAUUAGUUGGAAUCCUCCUACGAUCUUCGUGGAAUGCCGAGGAGAACGAAAAGAUCACACCGAGAUAGCGCUCGGCUCCUUUGAAGUGGCACCUGUCGUAAUCUGUGCAGCAACGGACUCGCGAGCAAAACCCGGUUGGCACACACUUACUUUCCAGAAGGGCAGAACCAGAGGCGCGAUACUUGCGUGCUUUGAGCUGUUCUGUGAUGACACAACUAUGAAUGACGUUCUACCUUUGCUACCGAUGAGGAAACAUGCGAGCGAUCGCUUUGAAGUACCCGGAGAGCUGAGACCCAAAUUCCAAAACUAUGCUGUGCAGAUUCUCUGUUGGGGGCUUCGGAAUCUAAAGAAAUAUCAGGUGGCUUUGAGGAGCAUUGGAAAGAAAACAGCAAAACUUACGGAGGAUUUUUUGUCCAUAAGAAAACCAUUUCUUGAACUGAUCAUCGGCGAUGUGGAAGCACAAACGGAUCCCAUUCCGAAUUUGGUCAAAGAUCCAAACUUUGAGACACCUUUAAUUACCUUCACUCAGGUCUCGCUACCAUCCGAUCUUGAAUUUAGUCCUCCGCUCGUCAUCAACCUGUACGACACGAGGGCGUUCAAGCGACGGCCACUGGUCGGAGUGUGUCACAUAACGGAUUUCAACAAAUACACCAAAGCUGUUUCAAAGAAGAAAGAUGUAGCGGCGCUAACUGACUGGACAGAGUUUGACAAGGCGGUCGAUAAAGAGUACGAGGCUUUAUUGGCUGCUCCAUUGAUCCCAUCACUUCGGAAAGAAGGAAUGCCAAAUAUCGACUGGUGGAGCAAGUACUACGCUUCGGGAGGGCAUCCUGAGAAGGCACCAGGAUUUGAAGAGUCAGGAAUGGAAUAUUUGAACAUCUUUAAUGAGGAACUUGAGUGCGUGAAUGGAUACAAUGGAUUCGAAGAUUUCCUUGAUACCUUCACGUUUAUGAAGAGUUCAAAAGGGAAUUUCGACGACCCCGAAGAAAAGGAAAAAGCUGGCGAGCUCAAAGGAAAAGUUUUCAUAACGAAGAUCACCGAUAAAGAAAGUGAUGCUGUACUUCUCGACCCACCAGGUGUUGAAUUCGUCGGUACAGUGAAGUGCCUUCUACGAGUAUACGUUGUCGAAGCGAAGAGAUUGGUCUCGUUGCGUAAGAAUGGCAUGUGUGAUCCGUACAUUAUUGUUAGGUGUGGCAAGCAAAUGGUGAGUCUAAAGAAAAACUAUCGUCCCGACACAUUAGAACCGAUUUUUGGUGAGCGCGUCGAAAUGGAGAUUACCAUUCCACUGGAGAAAGAUCUUGUGAUUACAGUAAUGGAUCGAAGAAAGCUUAUUGCCGAUGACGAGAUCGGUUCCACACGUAUCGACCUGGAAAAUCGACUCUUGUCAAAGUGGAGGGCAACGGUCGGUCUCAGCAAGCAGUACACAAUCCAAGGAGAGCUGCAGUGGAGGGAUCAGCAAGCUCCAUUGGCAACACUUAGAGGGUGCAUGGAGAAUCUUAUAAACAAGUACUGCAAGAAAAUGCGCGUUCCGGCACCGAGCAUCAUCGAAAAGGAAGGCGAUGUUGGCAUCAAAAUGCUAGGAAUCGAAAUGUGGUAUUCGCAAGUGAAGAACGAAUUGGAAGCAAACGAUAAAGCGGUUUGCAAUCUACGCUCAGCAGCUGGAAAGGAUGAUAGCAAUCAUGAAGAAAAAGAGGCCGAGGAGAAGGACGAGGAUGAUAAACAUGACGAAUCAGUGCAGAAGUGGCAGCGAGCCGAUGAGGUCAGGAUAAAAAUGGCUUCGAUUGCUCAGCAUGGCGAGAAGAUAAAAGAUGUGGAGUUAACCGUCGAGGAUCGUCUGCAAAUAAGGCGAAAAGCACGGGAUAAGAUUCUUGGUCGCCCUUUGCAACAGGUGGCGCUUCACGUGCUUAAGAAGGUGCUGAAUUUGGUUCCUGAGCAUGUUGAAACUCGGACCCUGCAUACGGAAAUGGGAGGGAAGACGCCGUGUGGGGAGCUGCGAAUGUUCGUUGACCUGUUUCCGCUGAGCUACGGCGCAGUACCUCCACCACUGAAUAUAGCCCCUCGUGAGCCAGAGAAAUACCAGCUUAGAAUCGCACUCUUCAACGUCUUUGGAGCAAUUCCAGUGAAGCGGAGCUUCGGUUCACCGACAGCGGAUCUGUAUGUGAAAAUGUUUACAAAUGGGUCUCAGAAGGCGCAGAAAUCAGAUGUGCACUUUCGAUCUCUUGAUGGUUGUGGAGAGUUCAACUGGCGAUUCGUCAUGGACAUCACUUUCAAUCCAUGGGAGCAAAAGAUUGUCAACUACCAUAAGAAGCGACUUUUUAGAAAAGCCAGUGAGGAAAUGGUGGAUCCACUAGUGAUCAUUCAACUUUGGGACAAGAAUAAGUUUAAAAAAGAUGUAAUGCUUGGCGAGAUGGUGAUGGAUAUGACACAUUUCAGGGAAGGCAUUGUCGACCCCGCUGAUGUUGGGAUUAUUCGAUCAAGAAAGAGUCGCGUUGCUCGCUGUAGGUCUUGCGGUCGGAAAUGCUGCUUGGUCAGAUUAUGCAUCUUUUGUAAAGACACCAGAUGUGGUUGCAAAAUCCGCAAGACCACCAGGCAACCGUUUCCGAAGCCGAUGAAGUAUAAAAUACCUGGCGAUGAGGUUGAAACAGUGAAUUUGUUCGACUCAAGCAGCCUAAGAGGAUGGUGGCCGGUGCUUAAUAAGAAUCCCUUUCAGCAAAAUGAGCAGGAUACUGCCUCCAAAAAGAAGAAGGACGACGAUUACAAAAAAGACCAACUGUACAUUAUGGGAUUGCUUGAGAUGGAGAUGUCGUUGGUGACUGUGGCCCAAGCGACGGCUGAUCCUGUGGGCAAGAAAAGAAAAGAACCGAAUCAUGUCAGUUAUGGUGCCUUACCAUUUUUUAUUCGCUACUGA